CUCCAGCCCAGUCUCACUAGUCAGUGGAGCAAAAAGAACAAGUAAAUACUUUAAUCUCAACUAAAAUGCAGAACCUUGCGUGUCUCAUCGUCAUCGCUGUAGUCCUCUUCGGAGUUGCAUGCGCCGGGUAUGCUCCAUACGGUCAUGCUACCAGUUAUACCUCAGUAGUACAUGACACUCACGAGCAUGGCAGCCACGCCAAUUUUGCACCCUUUUCUGGUCACAAUCAUGGUUACGAUCAGCACGAUUAUCAUGACUACGUACAGCAUGAACCACAUCAUUAUCCUAAAUACGCAUUCGAUUAUGGUGUAAAGGACGCACACACCGGCGAUCACAAGAGUCAAUGGGAGCAUCGGGAUGGUGAUCAUGUCAAAGGUGGCUAUACUCUGGCAGAAGCUGAUGGUACUACGCGCGUUGUAGAAUAUACGGCUGACGAUCACAAUGGCUUCACCGCUGUUGUAAAACGCAUCGGACACGCUCAUCAUCCACAGGUGUACCACCAUGGAAACAGUUAUGGCUAUGAUCAUUGA